UCACAAUUGGUAUCACCACAAACAAGAAGACCUUAAACAAACACAACACAUAACCUUGUAGAUUUGUCAAACACUCAACUUCCAACAAACACAACACAUACCCUUCUAUACAAUAAAUUCCUAUUACAUUAAAUGUUUCAUUUUUCAAACUUGCUUAACUAGUCAUUUAUAUACAUAAAGUCCCCACAUCUGUUAAUUACUUUCUACUGUUACAAAUGGCUUUUGCAACUGUCAUAACUCUUUUUACUUUUCUUCUUCUUCAACCUCUUUCAGCUAAAAGUGACUUUCUUUCUCCUUUGCUUUCACCUCUAUUUGAUGAUGUGUGCAAAGAAGUGGAAUGUGGGAAAGGAAAAUGCAAACCUUCUAAAAAUAGUACUUUCCUUUUUGAAUGUGAGUGUGAUCAAGGUUGGAAGAAAGCUUUUGAUUCCAAUGAUGAUGAUGGAGGAUUGAAGUUUCUUCCUUGCAUCAUUCCUAAUUGUACAUUGGACUACUCUUGCUCCAAAGCUCCUGCCCCUGCUCCAGAAAAAGCAAGACAAUCCAAUGAAUCAAUAUUUGAUGCUUGCCAUUGGGUUGAUUGUGGAGGUGGCUCGUGCAAGAAGACAUCAACGUUCAGCUAUAGUUGCGAUUGUGAUGCAACCUAUAACAAUCUCCUCAAUAUCACUACCUUUCCUUGCUUCAGAGAAUGUUCUCUUGGCAUGGGUUGCUCUGCCCUUGGAAUAUCGGUGUCAAAUUCAUCAUCAUCUUCUCCUCCACCACCAGCAUUGAAUGAUGACAAUAAGAAUGAGGCUAGCUCAAUUCUACAAGGAAGUUCCCUUUGGCUGGUCUUGGUGAUUAUGGUCAUGGCAAAGAUACAGUUGCAAUAGGACAGUUGCUAUGGAUGGUUUUAGAAGCUUUUCAUUCUAUGCCAUUGGUUAGGGACUGGUUUAUCACACGAUAAAUUUAGUCAUUAUAUCUUAGUUUCAAAAGAGAUGUUAUGGAUAUGAUAUGCUUUUUUUUCCUAGCUAUUCUUCAUUCAGAUUGUAGAAUAAUUAUGUAGAACAUUGAUGAUUGAAGUUGUUACAAAUUUUUGUGGUGCCCAA